CUAUAAAAAUGAUUACAAUAAUAAAGAGGCUAUUGAAACAGCUGAAUCAAAAAGAAAACAAAGAAUCGAUUCAUCAUCAAAAUGUCCAUUUUUAAAAAUUACUUCAAGUUUAACGCAAGACUCAAAAAUUUUUGCUUUAUGUCUAUCAACAACCGUUUUGGUUGCUAGUUGUGCACUUUUUGGAUAA